AUGUUACGCCCGUCUAAUGAUGGCAACCGGAGCUUUUUUGCUCAUGCCCAAGACACGACAAAGCUCACUCCAUCAAGCACUGACCCUUACCUUUGCUCGGAAUUCUCAUCGGACUUAGCGUAUUUGGAGAAAACAGUUGAUGCUUACCCCGAACCAGGACCCAAACGUUUUCUUCACGAGUGUGUUUCGGAUGUUUUGCCGACCGCUACCAAGGUCCAACAGAGAAAGCUUAACGUCGGCGGUCACUUUCGAGUUGUUAUUAUAACCGAUGGUGGCUGCGAUGAUUAUUACACACCACAAAACGCUACUUCUACCACUGAAUCCAUUGCUGCGUCGUUUAAUUCAAUUACGUGCAUUAUCGUGAGCCUUUCCGACUCAGAAAUUUCGCCAGAAGUGAGCGGUUUGCGCCAAACCUUCCGUGAUUUCCUUGUUAUAAGUGGCUCGUCAUGCAUUAAAGAGCCGAAGAACGCAGAUGUAAAUAUGUCUGACGCACUAACAGCAGCAUUGUUGCAAACACAACGUUGUGAUUUUACGGGACCGGCGUUUGUGGCGUGCGGCCACCUGUGCUCUGUCGUUUCUCUAACCCCUCCUCUGUGUCUAAAAAAUCUAAACGACCCUGGAACAUCCCUGUCGCAACUUUUUGUUGAGGUUUUUGGAUUCCUUAAUGUCACGGAUAUAAGCCACCCGCCCAUUUCGAGUCGACAUACGCUGGUGGAGCUAGAAGGCCAUGCUGAACUGCAGACCGAAGGCCUGCUGUGUACCAUCUUGGCAGCUCUUAGUGCAACUACAACUGUUGGCAUGGUAAACGUGUAUUUGCAGCCUCGGACCAAAAAACCUUCGGUUUUCAAAAUUCUUGACGAAAACCCUCAACACAUCAAGUAUCCUGAUGGACGCGUUUUUCUCACGCAUGGGUUUAUCAGUCGAUUCAGCUCGAAACGCGAUUGUCUUAUGCUGUCCCUUUUUCCUGAAGAUUGCAAGGGGUUGCCUUGGCUUGGACAGUUCGAUUUCCUGGCCCCGGUCUCAGAUUUCGCAGGUCCAGUCCUAUUUAAUUCGGCCGAGUACAUAACCCCUUUUCCCGUCCGUGAAGCCGAAAAUUUGAGUUAUAAACCCUCAGAUAACUCAGACUUUCAAUACGUUGAUUGGGUCCAUGCUCCAAACGGCCCGACGAACGACAUCGGAAAAAUUCUUAGACUCUCGAAGAGGUUGCCGGAAAAAUCAGACCUCUUUUUUAAGGAGCUGACUCGUUUGAAGGCCGCUGCCUUGGCCCUGGGAUGGCCGGACCUGCUGGUAACGCUUAAAGAACUGCUGAUGGAGAAUUUGCAGUACGACCCUGAUAACCAUCAUGCAAAGGAAAUAUCCAACAUCCUGACGAUAGACCGACCGCAAAGCUAA